AUGAUACUGGACUCCUCAAGAAUUAGUCUGCGUCCAUUUAAGUUAACAGACGUUGAUGAUAUGAUGUUAUGGAUAGAUGAUGAUCGAGUUUGUAUGGCAACCCCUCAAGUGUACAAUCACUUUGCUGAAGUAAUAAGGCUUCAGGCAUUUGAUUAUGUUGAAAAUAAGGUAUCCCAAAGGGUAUUGGAGAAAGCUGGCUUCCUUAAGGAAGGUAUAUUGAGAAAAUAUUGCUACCACCAGGGGAAAAUAUGUAUGGCGUAG